GACAGACUAACAGUGAGUAAAUUGUUGUGGAUUUUCGCGGGUUUUCCGGACAAUGUUUUUAUUGCAAAAAUUGCAAUUAGACAGUAUCAAAUCGAUAUAAUACACAUAAAUUCAAGCCCUCAUAAUGGGAGACCUACAGCAAAUACGGUUAGAAGUGAACAACGCCUUUAAACUCAGUGGUUUUACGAUAAGAAGAGAUGCAAGUACGUUUGUUGCUGAACAAAUUUUGUCCAUGUCUGCAGUCGAAAGGAGGAAGAUGCUUGAUAAGUUAACAGCUCAUCUUCUACACCAGUGUCUGUCGCAGCCGGUACUGGAGAAGGAACACGUGGAAGUGGCGUACAGAGAAUGUUCUACCUUAGGACUAGAGGAGAGCGAGACAGUUUUGAAUGUCAUUGACGCCUUCACUGUGCCGAAGUUAUGUUAUGAUAAUGAGAGAAAAAGAUUCGUCAAAGACGUGAGUACAAGUAACAAUUUGUUCCCUGAACCAAAAUGGAAAGCACAGUUCUUGAUUGAUAGAUAUACGGUUAUUUGGCAGAGGACAUUUAGAAACAAGCUUUUUGCGCAAGAAAUAAUACCCUCUAUGGAGGAGGAAAAGAGGUUCCAGUUGCGGAAAAUAGAGGUUUUGCUCAGUUCUUCAAGUAGGAUUAAUGAGGUUAUAGUCUUAGGACUCCUCACUCAAUUAACAGAAGGGAAAUUUUACUUAGAAGAUCCCACAGGCAGUAUCCUAUUAGACAUGUCUCAGACGAGAUAUCACUCCGGCCUGUUUACUGAAAGCAGUUUUGUUUUAGCCGAAGGAUAUUAUGAUGAUAAAACGUUACAUGUAAUGGGUUUAGUAUUACCACCGUCAGAGAAUAGAGCUACGUCACUACCUUAUUUUGGAAGCUUAAAUACAUUUGGAGGGAAAUCAAAAACAUUAUUGAAGAAUUCACAAAACCUGCUUAAGAUAGAACAAGAUAAUGAAGAUGGUAUGAUUAUUUUUCUAUCGGAUGUGUGGUUUGAUAACCUAAAAGUUAUGGAGAAACUCAAAACAUUGUUUAACGGGUACAAUGACUUCCCGCCAAUUGCUAUGGUUUUCAUGGGAGAAUUCUUGUCUUGCCCUUAUGGGUACGAACAUAGUACACAGUUGAAAAUAGCCUUGACAAACUUAGCAGAUGUAAUUCUUCCGUUUACAAAAUUGAGGGAAGUUUGCAAGUUCAUAUUUGUACCAGGAAGAGGGGAUCCUGCAGCAGCAAAUAUCUUACCAAGGCCAGCAAUACCUAACUCUAUAACGAAAGACAUUAGGGAUAAAUUGGGCGACUCAGUCAUAUUUACAACAAAUCCUUGUCGAAUACAGUACUGCACACAGGAAAUUGUAGUAUUAAGGCAGGAUUUAGUCACGAAAAUGUGUAGGAACUCUGUACAUUUCCCUGAAACGGGUGAUAUUCCUGAUCAUCUAACGAAGACUCUGCUAAGUCAAUGUACACUGUCUCCUUUAUUAUUGGGAGUGCAACCGGUGUACUGGAAGCAUGCUGAUGCGUUAAAUUUGUACCCCAUGCCAGAUUUAGUAGUUGUCGGUGAUCAUUUCCAACCGUACACUAGAUCGUACCAAGAUUGCCAAGUUGUCAACCCUGGGUCAUUUCCCCGCACUGAAUAUUCAUUUAAAGUUUACGUACCAUCUUCUAGAACCGUUGAAGAUUCUCAAAUACCUAAAGAAGAAGACUUUUAAUCUGGUAACAAUUUCAUAUGAAAGUAACAAGUUAAUGAAAUAAAUGUAUUUUAUUCUGUUCUAAA